AUGUCGUCCGCUGCCGAUAAGUCCAGACAGUCUUCCGGCGGCAGAUCUCUCUUCUCUCGAGGCAAGCACCGCGCCGACAAGCGCUACACCGACAUCGAUCCCAAGAGCUCGUCAGAACAAUUCGAAACGGCGUCCAUAAUUUCUUCGCGCUCCUCGCGCCACAAGCGGGAGUCGUCGUCGAUUUCGGUCGACCAGCCCGGUUCUCCUGAUGCUGGCAUCAACCAGAUGGCGGGUGUGAUCACGUCCAUCCCCUACGACGGCCCGCCGGGCUCUCGAUCGCCAGUCUCCCUCGAGUUCCUCCCCAGGCCCGACCAAGGGCCGCCGCAGCGCCGCGAGCCUGUGCCGCACCAGCUCAAUGUCAGCGGAUUCGACUUCCAUCAGUACCCGUCCAUCGACCCGUCAACAAUGGCCAGCCAGAACUCCCACCCCCACACCCCUGCGCGGCCGGGCACAUCGUCCAACAUGUCAGUCAACAACAUCACCAUGGCCUCCACGGGCAAGCAGGCACAAUACCAGCAAUGGGGGCCGGGACCCGGGCCUGGAGGAGCUGUUCCGGCUCGUGGCAGCACGUCCAGCUCCACCACCAAUGGCUCGUAUCCUGUCCGGUACGACUCCUACCAGAACCCUUUCUAUGCCCGAUCCUCCGGAGAGAGCUUCAACAACCCGCACGGUGGCGGCGGCGGCUACCUUAACCCGGCUUCAGCCCGCUCUUCGCACACCACGCUUGCGCCGUCGCCGCCCGGAAGCUCACAUUUCACGCCUCACUCUCCUCGUGAGACGCACACGUCUCACAGGUUAUCAAAAAUGAGCGCUUACGGACCCGCGUCCCACGACGGCUUCUACUUCCCCAAACCCGAUGACAACUACGUAGUCGAGCAGAUGUUCAUGCAGCUUAUGCAGAAGCGAGGAUGGCACAAUCUCCCUGAGCAGGCUAGGAGACAGAUGACGGCCUACCCCGCGGAGAAGAAGUGGACAUUACUGCACCAAGAUCGUCUAACAGAAUGGCAAGGAGAACAGAAACGGAAGCAAACCGCCAGAGCCAAUCAGUAUGCUACGCCCGACGUAACGACUUACUCCGAUGAAGAGGGCACUCCGGAAUGGUAUGUCAGGAGGGUCAUGGAGGACAAGCUGGAUGCGAAGGGCAUGGGGUCCCUCGAAGUCAACCUGAGAACACAACAGAUUGGCUGGGUGAAGCGAUUUGUCGAGUGCCAGGGACAAGUGGCUCUGGUCACUCUGUUGCUCAAGAUCAAUAGGAAGAACACCAACGGAGGACCGGCUACUUCUUCGACAGUCGACCCCCGGUUAGAGAAGAAUUUGGAUCGCGAAUACGACAUCGUAAAAUGUCUCAAGGCUUUAAUGAACAACAAAUUCGGCGCCGACGAUGCCCUCAUGCAGUCAAAGGUUUUGCUGGCCUUGGCCACAUGCCUGAUUUCUUCUCGACUCACCACGCGGAAGCUUGUGAGCGAAAUUUUGACUUUCCUCUGUACGUGGGGGAACCAUGGCGAGGGACAUCUGAAAGUCAUCCAGGCUUUGGAUGAAGUCAAGACACAGGCUGGCGAAAAUGGAAGAUUUGAUUCUUGGAUGCGACUGGUGGAGGUAACCGUUGAUGGACGUGGAAAGAUGGGCAGUCUCGUGGGUGCCAGCGAUGAGCUUCGGACCGGAGGUAUUGGAAUGGAGAACCUGUUGAUGGAAUAUGCGGUCGCUACUCUGAUGCUGGUCAAUAUGAUUAUUGAUGCUCCUGAAAAGGAUCUCCAGAUGAGAGUUCACAUCAGAGCUCAGUUCCACGCCUGUGGCAUCAAGAGAAUCUUGACCAAGAUGGAGGGUUUUCAAUACGAGCUGUUGGACAAGCAGAUUGAUCGGUUCCGUACCAACGAGGCCAUUGAUUAUGAGGAUAUGCUCGAGAGGGAGAACACCAGCAUGAAGGAUAAUGUCGAGGGGGAUCUCAAGGAUUUGACUGACCCUAUACAAAUUGCCGACACCAUCCAGCAACGGCUGCAUGGAACCAAGACACAUGACUACUUUGUAUCUGCGCUGCAGCAUCUUCUGCUCAUCCGCGCCAGCGAUGGCGAGGAACGGCUGCGAAUGUUUCAGCUUGUCGAUUCGAUGCUUAGCUAUGUGGCCAUGGAUCGCCGCCUGCCAAAUAUGGACCUCAAGCAGAGUCUCAACUUUACAGUUCAGAGUCUGCUGGACAAGCUGCACACGGAUUCAGAAGCUCGACAGGCUCUCGAUGAAGCAUUGGAAUCUCGCCAGAUCGCUGAAGCCGCCAUGGCGGAACGAGAUGAGAUGAGGGCAAAGUUGGAGCUCGGAGCGGAUGGGCUCGUGGCCAAGUUACAAAAGCAGCUGGACGAGCAGACUCGGUUUAUCGAAGCUCAGAGACGCCAAGCUGAUGGCCUCAAAGUGGAAUUGAAUAACAUUCAAAGUGUUCGAGCCAAGGAGGCACAGCGUUACGAGCUUGAGACGAGAGAAUUGUACCUCAUGCUGCGAGACGCCCAAGAUAUCGCGGCAUCCAAUGCUGCUAAGACUAGCAUCGGUGCCAAGCCUGGCAAGGAUAACACAGCACAAAUGCAGGGCAUUCUCGACCGUGAACGCCUUAUGGAGCGUCUACAGAAGCAGCUUGAGCGCCAAAAGACCCAGUAUAAGCUGGAAGGUAGAAUCUGGGGAGAUUCUGACGGCCCAUCUGAUCGCCUUCGUGCUCUCAGAGAAGCCAUGGAUGGCGAUGAGGAGCCGGGUACGCCUCCUGGAGGCGGUACUCCGCCCAGAGAUUUCACAAACAGUGUACUCGGAACUAUUCAUCGCCAGCCGAGGGCUUCUCGAAGGCCGGCCAAGCGUGAGAGUGCUAUCGGGGAAGAUGACGUUGAUCUUGACGAGGAGGGCGUCGUUAUCGAGCGCCCCAGACUGAUCGAGAUGAGGCGUCCAGUAGUCGAUUCGAAGCAGCAGGCUCAGUUUGCUCAAGUCACGGGCGAGAUUGGUUCCAAGAUCAAGCGAUACGACGGCAGCGACUCCGAAGCCGACGACGGCACCACCACCGGUCCAUCUCACCCGAGCAUGGAAUCGUCUUCUCCCAUCACCCCGGCAGAAGGCGAGGCCCCCAAAGUCGAAAUCACCGGACCCCCUCCGCCUCCGCCUCCGCCACCUCCCCCUAUGCCCGGUCAACUGCCCGGCGUCCCACCUCCGCCGCCUCCACCUCCUCCCCCACCGAUGCCGGGCUCAUUCCCCGCGCCUCCACCUCCUCCGCCGCCUAUGCCUGGUAUGGGAGGGAUGCCACCACCUCCUCCACCGCCCCCAAUGCCCGGUGCCAAGGGCAUGCCGCCGCCUCCGCCGCCGCCUCCCGGGAUGCCUGGUGCCAUUUCUGGUCACUACUUACCUCAGCAACCCGCCUUCACUGCCGCGCCUUCUGUGGGCUUACCGGUGAUGCGGCCUAAGAAGAAACUUAAGGCCCUUCACUGGGAGAAGGUCGAUACCCCUGAGACCAGUCACUGGGCAGCUCACACCCCCUCCGUCGAAGAGCGAGAAGAGAAGUACAACGAACUUAGUCGGAGAGGUAUUUUGGACGAAGUCGAGAAGCUUUUCGUUGCCAAGGAGAUCAAGAAGAUUGGUGGUGGUGGUGGUAAGAAGGAUGACAAGAAACAGCUCAUAUCAUCCGACUUGCGGAAGGCAUUUGAAAUCGCCUUUGCCAAACAUUCUCAAUCCUCUGUUGACAAGAUUGUACAGAUGAUUAUCCACUGUGACGACAUCAUUAUCACAAACCAGGGUAUCAUGGAUUUCUUAUCAAAGGAUGAUAUGUGCAACAUCAACGACAACGUUGCCAAACAGAUGGCUCCGUAUAGCAAAGAUUUGACCGGGCCAGAUGCAACGAACCAAACCCGAGAAAUGGAUCCUGAGGAGCUCACAAGACAGGAUCAGCUAUACUUGUACACGGCAUUCGAGCUACACCAUUACUGGAAGAGCAGAAUGAGGGCGCUAGCACUUACGCAGAGUUUCGAAGUCGAUUACGAUGAAAUCAUUUCCAAGAUGCAGGACGUUGUGACUGUCUCUGAGUCAUUGAGAGAUUCCGUCGCCCUUAUGAAUGUCCUUGGUCUCAUUUUGGAUAUCGGAAACUACAUGAACGAUGCCAACAAGCAGGCUCGCGGUUUCAAGCUUAGCUCGCUCGCCAGACUGGGCAUGGUCAAAGAUGACAAGAAUGAAUCGACGCUGGCCGAUCUUGUGGAGCGUAUCGUGCGAAACCAGUAUCCGGAAUGGGAAGGGUUUGCAGACGAUAUUACGGCCGUUACAACGGCGCAAAAGAUCAACAUUGAACAACUUCAGACCGACGCCAAGAAGUAUAUCGAUAAUGUGAAGAAUGUUCAGAUGUCAUUGGACAAUGGUAACUUGAGCGAUCCGAAGAAAUUCCACCCCCAGGAUCGUGUAGGCCAAGUUGUCCAGAGGGUGAUGAAGGAAGCCAGAAGAAAGGCAGAACAGAUGCAAGUCUACUUGGAAGAGAUGAUGAAGACUUACAAGGAUAUCAUGCUGUUCUACGGAGAAGACCCAGCAGACGAAAACGCCCGAAGGGAUUUCUUCACUAAGCUGGCUACGUUUGUCAUCGAAUGGAAGAAGUCUCGCGACAAGAACGUUCAGCUGGAGGAGCAGAGAAAGCGCAACGAGGCUUCUAUGAAGCGCAAGCAGGCGGCGAGCAAAGCCGCAAGUGUUUUGGACAAUGGGCCUAUAUCACCGUCAAGCACUGGUGCUAUGGACUCUCUUCUUGAGAGACUUCGAGCAGCCGCACCACAGGUACGGGAUCAGAGAGACCGUCGCCGCCGUGCCCGUUUGAAGGACCGCCACCAGGUUCGCGUAGCCUCCGGUCAGCAUAUUCAGGAUCUCAACGAAGACUCAGCGGUCGAAGCAAAUCUCACCAUUUCUGAGCCGGCCAUUACUGAAGAAGGAGAUGCACAAGCUUCAUCAUCUCUUCCUCCUCCAUCGCGAGAUGGCCAUGAGGAGGAUGAUGUAGCUGACCGAGCUGCGGCAUUAUUGCAGGGCAUGCGUGAGGGCGAUGGAAACGAUGAGGCGGACAUUGAGAGAAGAGAGACGAUGAGAAAGGCCAGGAGACAGACGGCCGAAGAGGAACGACGAGCAAGGCGGAGGCGAAGAGAGAGGGCCUCAAGCACAGUAGACGGACCAAAGGACGAAGCUUCUAUAUUAUCAAUAGCAGAAGAGGCACCACCAACACCAGGCACACCAGGACAAGAGGAGGAGACUAUAAUGUCGCCGACAGAGGCGAAGACGGAGGAAGUGCAGACGGAGGAAUUCAAGAAUGAGGAGGCUGUUGGCGAAGCGAGCAAGCCGGAGGACGCCGAGAAGAUGCAGGACUAA